AACCCUAUUAUGAAGUACGAGUGAAAGCGGUUUUUAGGAAAAAUGAAGUGAUAAAUAUGAAAUUGAUACAAAAAUUAAUUCAUUUGUGCAAUUUCUAACACCAUUCUUGGAAAACCAGGAAAUCAUUAAAGAAUUUGUAAAAUCUGAAACACAUGAACAAAUUACUUCUCGCGUCUGACAUCCGUCGAGUCUUCUGCCCGCACAAUAAACGCACUUUUAAGUCGUGCGAAUGACGCGCGCACGGUGCACAUGCAGCUUAACAUGCGCGUUUUCUCCGUCGGCGGCGGCGGCGUCACAAUUAUCCAAGUAUAAAACAAUUUAGUGCUUUAGACGUAUGCAUUCAGUCCCCGCGAGCUGAGCGCAAUCACAAUCCCGCCGCGCGCGCCGCCAUCGCCACCGUUCGUCGAGGAAAGCGCGCCCGCAUUCGCACGAUCGCAGCGCGCCGAAGCGCUCGACUUAAACUUUUACUCAGCAAGUUCAAUUUGACUCAAUUCAAACUGUGCGCGUUAAUAAAAAAGUGUUCAGAUAAUUGCGAACAAUGGGAAAAUUUGCUACUUGAUUAACUAUUUAAUUGAUUAAUAAACUAAUAACUACAUCCGUUUGACACUUUAAACUUUAUACAGUUCGAGUUGAUUGUUUAUAUCAGUUGGUCUAAAUACGCUUGCGUUUAUAAAUAACCCGCGUGUGGCUGCUAUUUUCGCACGAAAAUGACGACCAAGGAGGAUUUUGUAAAUAAAGGCGGCAGUCCGCUGAAUUGCUGCCAGAGUAAUGACUCGCUGACGUCGACGUCCACCGAUCAAGACGACGCCAUCAAAAUCUGCGAGGCAAUGAAUAACUUUGUCAUCUCGCCGAAGCGUAAACCAUCGAUGAAUAACCGCAUCAAGAAAACUUUCCCCAAGCGCCCGCCGGUGGAUCUCAAGUUCGAAGACAUCACCUACACUUCCACCGAGUGGAAGUUCAAGAAAUGGAUCACUAGAGAGGAUAAAGAAAUUCUACAUCGAGUGUCCGGCGAAUUUAAAUCUGGCGAGCUGACAGCGAUUAUGGGUCCUUCAGGAGCUGGCAAAUCCACAUUACUUAACGGAUUAGCUGGAUAUAUAUUCAGAGGCUUCAAAGGAACUGUUCAAUUCAACGACGAAGUACGCGAUGAAAGUCCACGUUUCAACAAGCUCAUCGCAUACAUUCCACAAGACGAAGAAUUGCGACUACCACUUACAGUCAUGGAAAACAUGAUGAUUGCUGCCGAUCUUAAGCUUGGUUACUCAGUAAGCACUGAAUACAAAGUCAGUCAAGUAAAAGAAAUCCUCGAGGUGUUAGGUCUACAACACACCCAUCACACAAUGACGGGCAGGUUGUCAGGUGGGCAGCGGAAACGUCUCGCCAUUGCUCUGGAACUGCUUAGCAACCCGCCGAUCAUAUUCUUAGAUGAACCUACAACUGGCCUGGACAGUUUAUCAUGCAGUCAAUGCGUGACGUUGCUGAAAAAACUCGCACAUGAAGGACGAACUGUGAUAUGCACGAUUCAUCAACCUUCUGCACUGCUCUUCGAGAUGUUUGACCAUCUUUAUGUACUCUCAGCAGGCCAGUGCGUGUUUGAUGGAAAAGUAGACGCACUCUUGCCACAACUGGAACAAAUCGGACUCAAUUGUCCUCCGUUUCAUAAUCCUGCUGAUUUUUUGAUGGAAGUAGCAAUUGGUGAGCAUGGUACAGAUGUCGACGACCUCGCAGCGUUGCAACGUCGUUGUGGAGCUGAAAGAGCACGGCUAAUCGCUGAAGCUCCACCGGAAGUACUGACUGAGAAGGAAUUAUACGCCCGGAAAGUGUCGCAAAUGACACCGAGCAUUGAAGACAUCUCUAAUUUUGCUGCCCCUAAACCUGCAAACAGUCUUAUGCAGUUUCUACUGCUUUAUAAGCGUAAUUUAAUGAUUACUAAACGAUGUUCUAAAUUAUUCAUUAAUAGAAUAGUGGCCCAUAUUGCCGUUGCUUUACUUUUUGGAUACCUCUAUAAGAAUGUAGGCACAUCAGCGUCAACGCUAUUAGCCAACUAUGUUUUUCUUUACGGAUCGAUGCUUCUUUUAGUUUAUACCGGCCAAAUGUCUGUUACACUUUCAUUUCCUUUGGAGAUUCAAGUGUUAAAAAGAGAACAUUUCAAUCGAUGGUUUAGAUUGGGCCCAUAUAUGAUAUCAAUACUAUUAAUAGAAAUACCAUUUCAGAUUGCCUGCACGUGGAUGUACAUUGGUAUAUCUUACUACUUGACAGGACAAUUAAUGGAUUAUCGUGUUUAUUUCUUUGUGAUAUUUUGCACAUUGGGCACGAUUUGUGCUCAAUCAUGGGGAUAUUUUAUUGGAGCAAAUUGUCCCAUCAGCGUAGCAGUAUUCGUCGGCCCAGUGUUAGCUUGCCUUUUCUCCGUGUUCGGUUUCUGUAUCACAUACAUGGAUACGCCGUACAUGUUCCGAUGGCUGUAUACAAUCAGUUACUUCCGGGCGAGUUUCCACGGCCUCACGUACGCCAUCUACGGUCUUACGCGGCCGCUACUCGACUGCCCCGAAGAAAUGAUUUACUGCCACUAUCAGGACCCAAAGAAGUUCCUUGAUGAGUACGGUAUCGAUGGGCUUAACCUCUGGAGUAAUAUCUCGCUCAUUGUCGGUAUCACAUUCAUUUUACAUGCUUCUACAUAUGUUUCACUAUGGUGUAAACUCAAUCGACGAUAAUCUAAUCGUUUAAUGUUAUUUCUUUAAUUAUUUAUUUUCCUCCGAAGGAAAUUUCAAUGCUAGUGAAAAACGCCGUACUUUACAACCAAGAUUAUGUAUACCUACGAUAUAAUCAUCACAGAAUAUUUAUUGAAACAAACUAGUGGAUAGUUCAAAUUCAAAACACAUAAAAUAUUUGAUUGUUAUACGAAAAGGAGAAACCUAAUGUAUUUAUUUCGAUGAAUAAUACUUAAUACGAUUAGCAUACGAUUAACUUAAUUUUUUAGUUGUCAAACUAAACUAAAGUAAUUAAACGCGAAUUACUCGCAUCACUCUAAGAAAGUUGAUAAAUAUAGUAUUAUCUAGUUGUAGUUAACUAAUUAUUUUUGUACUAAUUGAACAAGGCGUUAAACGACCGAGUAUACCAACUAAAAACUGGACAAAAGGGUUUUUGAUUAUAUAUAGGCAAUGAAAAAUAACAAUAGCCAGUUUUGUGUAAUUAUUAUUACUUUUAACAAUAUUUGUUUGUAACUGUAACUUCAUAACCAAGUUUGGUGUUUGUUAAUGCCAAAGACUUAGUCGUAGACGAUUUGUGAGACACACUAUAGUGGUAUUAAUACGUAAUAAUGCAAUUUAAAUUUAUAAAGAUACAAAUUGUUGUUAUUCCAAGUGCAAAUAAAAUAUAAACAAUAAUUAAAUAA